UGAUAGGUGUGUGUAUUGCUACAUAUAUAAGCACCGUAAUAGAAUCAUCUGGGCAUCCGACGCAGUAGUUAGCAAGAAAAGUUACGUGAAGUGUUAAAAGUAUAACUUUUAAUGGAUUUAUAUGAAUAUUCAUAUUUUAUUUGCAGUGGUGUAAUUUAAACGUAACUACAAUGCUGUUUAAAGUGUAUUUGCAAAAUAGUGACUCUACCAUUAAAGCAAUUCGGCAGUUUACGAUAGACUCUCCAAAACAAGUGAAGAAGAAAAUCAGGAAAAUGUUUCUUGAAUUAUCUUCCUAUGAUGAUUUUACGAUUUCAUGGAAAGACACUAGCGAUGAUUUAAUUGUUGCAUCAACUGAGGAAGAAUUGCAAUAUGCUUUUAAUGGAACGAAAGGAGCAUUAUAUAUUAAAGUAGUAUCAUCCAAAAAAAAAGCAGGUCAUCACAAUGAAGACACAAUUCAUCCUGGUAUAAAGUGUGAUAAUUGUGACGAUGACAUAUUUGGAUUUAGAUACAAAUGUCUUCAAUGCGAUGAUUUUGAUCUAUGUGCACGAUGUGAGGCACGAGGUAAACAUUGGCAGCAUUAUAUGAUUCGUAUAUCACAACCUGCAAAGAAGCCUUACACUUGCGCUUUUAACGAAUAUUUGAGUGAAAUUCUCAAAAACAAUGAUGUAUAUUACAAUAAGAAAAUUGCUCCAAAUGAAUGUACAUCUCGAGAAAUUCAUUGUGCAAUUUCUCCAUGGUCUGCAGAAAUUUCUUCAGAAAUUUAUAAGUCAUUUCUUAACAAUAUUAUAGAUGCAUGGAUGAAAGAACACAUUGAUCCAUAUUUUCCUAAGACUGAAAAAGGAGGAAAUAUGUCUGAAGAGGAAAAACCCAUUGAUAAUCCCGAAAAUGAUAAAGAAUCAGUAUCAGACAAUGCAUCAAAUACUACUCAAGAUGAAUCUGUUACAAAGGCUGUAACAGAUGAAUGGACCAUCAUAGAUAAAAAUGAUACUGCUGAAGUUACCCAAGUUUGUUCAAUAUCAUCUAAUACAAAUGAAGCUGCUGAAGUUAACCGAGCUUGUUCAACACCAUCUAAUGUAGAUGAAACUGCUAACCAAGCUUGGUCAACACCAUCUAAUGUAGAUGAAACUGCUAGCCAUGCUUGUUCAACGUCAUCUGACAUUGAUAAAACUGUAGAAAAAAAGGUUCCCCCCUCUUCGUGGACUCCAACGACCCCAGAAAAAAGUUCUUCAUCUGAAUCACUUUAUCCUCAAUUGCCAAAAGAAGAAAAAGUAAUACAUCAUCCAAAUCCAGUAAUCAACGACGUUGUUGAAGCUAUGAUAAAAAUGGGUUUUUCAAAUCAAGGUGGAUUAUUAUCAUAUUUAUUGGAAGAUGAAAAUGGUGAUAUUGAUAAGGUCAUAGAGAUACUACAGCCUAAAAGUGGGUAAACAUUAAUAUUAAAAUUUAAUAUAAUUUUUUGUCAUAUUUAUAAAUAGUUUAUAUAUCGUUGGCAGUUUCUUUCAUAAAUAGACAUAAAAGAGCAUUAAAAUGUUGUAGUAUUAUGUAAUGCAUGCUAAUAUAAAUAUUACAUUCCUUUUCACUUAAUAAAUAUACUAUUUGUAUUAAUGUUCACAGGCAUAAUUCUAAUGUAAAGUGAAUUUUUAUUGUAAUCAAUUCUAGCAAUGCAGGAAAUCUUAAAUUGAAAUGUUAAUAAUUAAAUGACGAUAAUAAAUAAAAUAAAAAAACAA